AUGCAGAAAAAUACAACCAGACUGUCCGGGUUGUUUACGUCUGCUUUCUGGGAUGAUUUGGUGUUUCAGGCCAGCGUCCAAGAGCCCGCUGUUCGGCAUGCUGUUAUUGCGUUGUCGUUCGCUCAAAGGGCGGAUGUUAUGCACAGAAGGAAUUCUUCAAGUGGUCGCGAUGAGAGGGAUGCUGAACACUUCACGCUUCAACAGUAUAACAAAGCCAUAGGAUAUCUGCGCGACCAUCACCACCAGCAGAAUAAUGCUCAAUCCACCGAGUCAACGCGCAUAGUCUUGAUAACAUGCAUGAUCUUCACUGCCCUCGAGUUCCUACGAGGUCGUUAUCGAACGGGGUUUCUUCAUCUCCAAUCAGGCAUAAAACUCUUAUCUGAGAAUGAGCGUCAACGACAUCACCAGCAUGGAGAGCAGGUCUCAUCUAUUCUUCUUGGCUCGAAAGACGAGGCUGCACAGAUAGCGUUGGUGGAUGCGUUUACAAGAAUGAGUGUUCAUUGUAGUUUUUAUGACGAGCAGAUAGUACACCAAAAAGUGCUAGUUAGUGUGCGGGAGGGUAAUCGUACGGAUCCUUGCGCUCUGCCAACGAGCUUCGCGUCUGUGACGGAGGCGAGACGGGUUUUGGAUCGGAUAUAUGGUCGGAUUCAGUAUUUGAAACAAUCUUAUCAUCAACAAGAUUCGGACUCUCGAGAAGAAUCCCAAUUGCAUAGAACGCAAAACCAAAUAUUGAUCGAUUUAUCGAAAUGGGAAGCUGCACGGGACGCCUUCGUCCGCAGAUUAACUCCAACCACGCACGCACACAUUCGUGACAGACUAUGUUUUGAGAUAAUGUCCCUUUACCACUCCAUGGCCACAAUCACCGCGUCAGUCUGCCUCGAAGAUGACGACUCCGAGAGCAGUGAAAUGUUCUACGACUCUGAUGCACAUACCCGCUCCUUUGCGCGGAUUCUCGCGGGUUGUGGUGAAUUACCACGACAACUUCAACUCCUCACCGCUCCUUCCCUCAAUCACGACAAAGAAAAAGAAAAGCAUAAAUGUGAAGGAAUGGGUUUCAGCAUGGAAAUGGGCUUCAUCCUCCCCGCUUUCUAUACAGCCGUCAAAUGCCGCGUUCCACGCUUGAGGCGGCAGGCGUUGUACGUUUUACGCGCAGGGCUGAAUAGAGAGGCUGGGUGGGAUAGGAAGGUUGUUGCUGAUAUUGUUGCUGAAGUUAUACGGAUUGAGGAAGGGGAUUUCUAUUCUUCGCUUUUGUCGUCUGGCUACAGAGGAGUGACCGAAGAAGUACAGGAUCUUGAUCCGCCUACACAAGACGACCUGCAGGUGCCAAGGAUAGAUACCUGGAGGAGGCUGAGGGAUGUUAGGAUUGUGUUGCCAGAUGAUGAGAAGGGAAGGAGCACACUUUGGUUCAAGCGGAGGGGGGAUGGGGGGCAGUGGAUUGAAUGUAGUAGGGAGUUUUAG